AUGCCUGAUAUGGAGUGUGCCGAAGCUUUCCCAUCCAGGAAGGUCCUGAAGCCUGUGGUGGAGAAGCAGAGGCGGGAUCGGAUAAAUCGCAGCUUGGACGAGAUGAGGGUCCUGCUCCUGAAGCUGACCGGCAAUCAGAAGCUUUGCAAUCCUAAAAUGGAGAAAGCGGAGAUCCUGGAGCUGGCGGUCAUCUACGUCAGGAACAUCAUGCGUACGAAAUCGCACGAUCCUCAUCGAUGGGUGUCACCUGCGGAAAAGUUUUACCUUACGGGGUUCCGAGACUGCUUGGACCGCACAGAAGACUUCAUCCAUGACAUUAGCCCCACAGCCAAGGCCCGUUUCCUCGGUGACCUGCAGACGCACCUUCAGCACAAGUUGCGUUUCCCAAAGCAGCUCAACCUUUACAGCCAAGCUGGCAAACGGGACGAGAACUUGUCUUCUGAUGGGAACAUCUCCCCCGGUUCCACCUUAGAAGUAAGCCUCUGCUCACCUUCCCUCAGUGGGUCUGAAAGUGGAAGCCCCCCAAGCUGGAUGCCCUCGAGUUCACCAAACCCUGCUGCUUAUCAGAUGGAACAGAACCAUGCUUCAACAUAUGUUUGGAGACCUUGGCCAUGA